AUGCAGCUCACGCUUUCAAAGACGAUCGGCCUCGCGACACUGUUCGGCGCGCUCUUGCUAUCAGUCGCCCAUGCUCAAGAUGUAGGCGGUGCACAGCUCCUAGCGGAACGGGGAGGGAUGUGGGGAGCCCAGGCCGGCAACAACGAUGCUCCCAUGAGAUUGGGCGCGGACGGUCUCAACCAUCCGCAAACAUCGAGCUCAUCAUCAUCCUCGCCGGCUGCUGAGGCCACACAGUCCGCCAGCUCUCGCCAGUCGGCUCCUCCGCAGGACAAUGCCAACGCCAACGCCAACGCCGCCGCCUCUGCCGCGCUCCUUCCGCCGGCCCUGUUCGCUGUUCCUCUGCUCGCCAUCACUGCUUCUUCUCUCGCCUCUGCCCUCGUCUGA